GGGAGGGACCACUGACUGAAUCAACAGCUCACUCGCAUGUGAAGGGGCAGUCAGUUAAACAGAAGGCACUCACUGGAGCAGACACACACUCUCUCACACACACAGCACUCACACUCUGGAGUAGCGCUUGGAUCGGAGGGGGAGAGGGUGAACUGCACCUGUCCCACACACACACGCACACACAUAAACACACUCGCCCAGGGGAUAGAUCAGUCGGCCCUAUGUGUGGCUGGGACCAAAGCUUCUCGGCUACCUCUCAUAGCUCAGCCAUGUUGACUACUGAGGGGGCCCACACCGUAGAGCACAACGACGUCAAAAUGGACACAGAACCCCAUAGGGACACGGAAACCCAGAUGGACACGGGAUCCAAAAUGGCCACCGACACAGACUCUAAGAUGGAGGUGGACAUAAUGAAGUGGACGGAGGCAGAGUUUGAGGAGAAGUGUACCUACAUCGUCAAGGAUACGCCCCAGGAGGCGGGGACAGAGAGCGAGGGGUUAACGAGAGCAGAGGCCUCGCUGCCCCGUAACCUGGCCUUUAAACAACUAGCUGAUUCCAAAGAGGUGAUUGGAGUGGCCAGCAGAGAGUACAUCCCCAAAGGAACACGCUUCGGCCCCCUGGUGGGUCAGCGCUACACUGCAGACAGCGUCCCCAAAGACGCCAACAGGAAGUACUUCUGGAGGAUCUACUCGGAGGGCGACUUCCACCAUUUUGUGGACGGCCUGGACGAGGAGCGUUCUAACUGGAUGCGCUAUGUCAACCCGGCCCACUCGGCAGGGGAGCAGAACUUGGCGGCGUGCCAGAAUGGCAUGAACAUCUACUUCUACACGGUGAGAGCCAUCUCCCCUGGCACCGAGCUGCUGGUGUGGUACUGCCCCGAGUUCGCCCACCGCCUCCACUACCCGCCCUCUGGAGAGCUCAUGAUGCAGAAACUCAAGGAGUCUCUGCUGGAAGCCAAGCAGCAGGCCAGUGAGGAGCGUGUCAGCAGCAGCAGCGCCCCAGUCAAGAGAGAACACAGUGUCUCCUCCAUCCUCAGGGGCCCCACCACCUCCAGCAAGAGGGAGCCCAGCCGGCCCCUGUACCCCCGCCCCCUCUACCCCCCACUCUGCCCCCACCCUCAUCUAACAGAAGAGUUUCUGAGUCUGAAGACCAGCCCGAUACAGUUUGGUUACCCAGCAAUCAGAUCACCAGGCAACCAGUCGUCGGCGACCCCGAGUCCAUCGGCGAGGAGCAGUCCGGAGAGUAGCCCCCACGGUAGCCCUGCAGCUCCCCAACCCACACGCCCAUCCUCCUCAUUCUACCCCCGAGGGUUGGGUCCUUUCCCAGGCUAUUCUCCGCCAGCCGCCCCCCUUUCCUCGCCCUUCUACCCUCCCGGCCCCCACUACUCCCGCUACAUGCUGCCUCACCACUACUCACUACCUGGGGGUGGGGUGCCCGCUGUCGGAGGCAUGUUCCCAAGAAUGUACCCUCUCUACAGCAGCCUGCUGCCACCCCACAUGCCCCUGUUGCCUGGGGAGGCGGGAAGGUUCUUACUGCCUGACUCCUCCCACCCCUCAUUCUCCACCCACAGGGACUUCCUCCUCCCCGCCUCCACCAGUGCCUUCUCGGCCGCCACCUCCCUCAAGGACAAGGCCGGCCCCCACUACCCCCAUCACCCCUACCCUGGCCAUGCCCAUCCUCACCCCCACGCCCCAACCAGUGGCUCCCCUACAGCGGGCACAGCGCCCCCUAGCGAGCGCGUGCCCACCAAGCCUACCUCAGCCCUGCUGGGCAGCGCCAGCGGCCGGCCAGAGGAGGAGGCCAUCAACCUGAGCAAGAUGAAGCGUGGUGGUGGUGGUGGUGGCUCUACAGGCUACAAGACACUGCCUUACCCACUCAAGAAGCAGAACGGCAAGAUCAAGUACGAGUGUAACGUCUGCAGCAAGACCUUCGGCCAGCUGUCUAACCUCAAGGUGCACUUGCGUGUCCACAGCGGUGAGCGACCCUUCAAGUGUUCGACCUGCAGUAAGGGCUUCACCCAGCUGGCCCACUUGCAGAAACACUUUCUGGUGCACACUGGAGAGAAGCCCCAUGAGUGCUCGGUGUGCCAUAAGCGCUUCAGCAGCACCAGCAACUUAAAGACCCACCUGCGCCUCCACUCGGGUGAGAAGCCCUACUCGUGCAAGCUCUGCCCUGCCAAGUUCACCCAGUUCGUCCACCUAAAGCUGCACAAGCGCCUUCACUCCCGCGAGCGGCCACACAAGUGCCCCCACUGCCACCGCCACUACAUCCACCUGUGCAGCCUGCGGCUACACCUCAAGGGCUACUGCCUGGUUGCGGUCACCUCCUCAGGUGGCCCCACACCCAGCCCCUCCACCCAGGAAGAGCUCCAGCGCAUCAACGAGGAGAUUGAGCGCUUCGACAUGAGCGACCACGCUGAGAGGCUGGACCAGCUCCAGGGAGGGGUUGAGGUGGAGGCUGUCCUGGAGAAGCAGGUCCUGGGGAUGCUGUGGAGGGAGAUGGACCUCAAGACCUCCGGCUACCACCACCACAAGGGCGGCGCCAGCGAGCUCCAGUCUACAGGUUACGAACUGUACAAUUCAGUCAAUGAGACGUCGGUUAUCAAACUGCGCCGAAGCAGUCCACUUCUUCCCUCCAACGUCACGAUCAAGCAGGAGUCAGAGGAACUGGCUUGAGCUCACCUUUUUGAAGGAUGUUGAGUCAGACUGUGUGGCUCUGAGAACUUGGUUGCCAGGAGCAACGAUGUAAAUAUCCUUUUGAUGGUUGUCGGCGAUGAGGUUGUAGUGACUGGGGUUGUCAAACUUUCAGGGACUUCUGUACUCAGGGCUCCAAGAGACACUGUCCCCAGACUACUUAACUGUUUCACUGUGUCCUACACUUAAGACAAAAGACAAUCAUCCACCCUGGAUUUCAUUAUUAUUAAUAUUAUUUGUUGUCUCUUUUCAAAUGUUAUUUUUGUUAUUGUAUAACCUCCUUAAUUUAUUAUGCAAUUAUUUUGUCCUCGAAAAGCAAUAUGUGGAAGGGAUGUUUACAAUGACCAGGUAAUUCAUUGUAAUUUACUGUUUGUUUUCCUGGUUUUGAUUUCACUCUGGGGCCAUUUCUUUGUAGAUACUUUCUCUCUCUGCCUCUAUCCGUCCGAUGAGUCUGACCUGUUGAGAAGCAGGGGCGCCCACUUUUCAUUUAUUUUAAUUAUUUAAACAAUAUAGCAGGUAAGAAAGGGUCAAAGGUCGCAUCUUUAUUGUUGGUGAACACAAACUGUUGAUUAGAAAGAAAAGGCUUUGCUUGACCUUCUGACCCUUCCAGCAAGCUUCCCCUAUGUCCACGCUCGUCCUGAGCUCUACUUAUUUAAACAGCACAAAAAAGGGCAUUUUGUUUUGUAUAUUUUCAACAACGGUUACCUCAGUGUGUGUAUGAUUGUAUGCCUGUGAGUAGGAGUGUGUUGAGUAUGUGUGUCUGUACGUUCAGAUGGAAGCUGAAGGCGAGUGAGUCUCUAUUUAUUACUUUUGCUACUUGAAGAAGAAACCAAAAUGAACUGGAGUGCAGCUCCACAUGAUCCAAAGGGCAGGAAAGUCUGCUCAAGAUGUAGCAUAUAAAGACUGGGAGACCGAAUCCUUCCCCCCAACAGUCCAAGGGAACUUCAAAACACUGUCAAUACCAAAAGGAGACAAAGUAAACCUACUCAAAUGGGAUUUGUAGGAUUCGAGGCUAGUAACCAAAGUUUACUUGGCUUUAGUUUCAAACGCACCAAAAAAAAGAGACUUUAAAGAAUCGAAAAGAAGACCAAUAGAAUACUGUUUGUCUGUGAUGAAGUGUUAGCUCUUUAGCUGUGGCCUUGUUUUUGUAGUUUUUGUUUUUUGGUUGAGAAAAAUGUAUCCCCCUUCACGUUUUUAAAUGGCCCAGACCAAAGCACCUCGGCCUUCUUAUGCACUGGCCCCUCCCCUUUAUGACUUAAGUGCCGGUGCUUGCUCCUACCACUCUUCGAUCAUAUUGGACUGUUAUAAUGGCUUUAAGACUACAUAUGGUUUGUCUCCAUAGCAACUGUGACCCCGGGCCGGUGACCUGACCUGGAAGCAGUUGCACAUCAGUCCCCACCCCCUUCUCUUUCUUCCAUCUCUAUUUUUUCUCUCUCCCUCUCUUCCUCCAUCCCUGAAGUAUGACCAAAGCAUCCCCUUUCAUCUUAAUCUUUAGCCCUAGAGGAGAAAAAUGGCAAAAAUACUGUCUCUGUUUACAUACCGGUUUACAUUGUUAUUUAUGUGCAAAAUGUAAAUUUAUGAUAAAUGUCCACAGUUCUAAUCUGA